CAUUGGUUCACAGCUGACUGGCUGCUCUGCGCGGAGUCCUGUUUAAGUUUCCAGGCAUGGCGAGGUGAAGGUCACUCAGAUCAGAAAUCAUGAGUGGGCUUUUCGCCCUCUUGACAUUUCUCGCCCUUAGUUCUGCAGACGCGAAGCCCAACGCUGGGUUGAAGACGUGGGGCCGCUUCAGUAAGCUCCCCUACCCAGGAGACAAGGCUUUCCUCUACGAUACCUUCCCCAGCGGCUUCAUAUGGGCGGUGGGCACGGCGGCGUACCAAGUGGAGGGGGCGUUCGAGAAGGACGGAAAGGGGCUCUCCAUCUGGGACACCUUUACGCGCGGCGGGAACCGCAUAGCCACCGGGGACGUGGGCAGCGACAGCUACCACAACAUCCACGCUGACAUCAGAGCAAUCCGCCAGCUCGGGGUGACCCACUACCGGUUCUCCCUCUCCUGGUCCAGAAUCUUUCCAAACGGGACCCGCGGAAGCUACAACGAAAUCGGCACCAACUACUACCGGACGCUCAUCAAAAGGCUGAAGGAGAUCCGCGUCCAGCCGGUGGUCACCCUCUACCACUGGGACCUACCCGAACACCUCCAGCUGAGCCUGGGCGGCUGGAGCAACCCGGAGCUGGUGGAGAUUUUUAAGGAUUAUUCUGAUUUCUGUUUCCAUGAGUUUGGGGAUGACGUGAAGUACUGGAUCACUAUCGAUAACCCGUUUGUGGUUGCGCAGCACGGAUACGGAACCGGGGUGGUCGCUCCCGGGAUAAAGAAUGACCCCGAUCUCCCAUUUCGGGUUGGACACAACUUGCUCAAGGCUCAUGCAGCUGCAUGGCAUCUCUACAACCGCCGUUAUCGGCCUCGGCAGCAGGGAAAGCUCUCCAUGGCGCUGGCCUCUCACUGGAUCAAGCCCCGCCGAACCCACCUGGAGAGCCUGCGGGAGUGUCAGUGCUCCCUGGACCACGUCCUGGGCUGGUUUGCCCGGCCGCUGUUUGCAGAUGGAGACUACCCUCCUUGCAUGAGGGAGCGGCUCGGCUCGCGCCUACCGUCCUUCACCCAGGAGGAGAGGGAGCAGGUGAGGGGAACUGCUGACUUCUUCGCUCUCUCCCAUGGGGCUACGCUGAGCUUCCAGCUCAUCAACGACAGCCUGAAGUUUGGGCAGCUGGAGGACCUGGACCUGAGGAUGCUUCUCUACUGGAUCAAUGCAGAGUAUGACAAACCACCCAUCUUUGUGGUGCAGAAUGGUUGGUACGUCCUUGGGAAAACUAAGACAGAAGACCCAAAACACAUGUACUACCUCAAGAGGUUCAUAGCAGAGGCACUUAAAUCAAUCAUCAUCGAUGGCGUGAACAUGAUUGGAUACACAGCCUGGUCCCUUAUUGACGGCUUUGAGUGGCACAGAGAAUACGGGAUUCGCCGUGGACUGUAUUACGUUGACUUCAACACUCCUGACAUGAAGAGGGAGCCAAAGACAUCUGCUACCUUCUACAGAAACGUCAUCCAUAGGAAUGGAUUCCCUGAACUUCCAGAGUACAGACCAGCACAAGGAAUGUUCCCAUGUGAUUUUGCUUGGGGUGUAUCGGCCAACUCCAUCCGGGUGGAGACAACUCCCACCCAGUUUGCAGAUCCCAAUGUUUACUUGUGGAACAUUUCCAACAACGGAGAGCUGAUCAAGCUGGAGGGAUUCAGUGCGCCACCUUUACACCGAGCCACGCAUUGUGCAGAUUAUGCCACAAUCCGGCAACAGGUGGAUGAAAUCAGGCAGGUGGGCGUAAACCACUUCCACUUUUCCCUCAACUGGUCUGCUCUGGUGCCUACAGGUGACGUGGCUUAUCCCAACUCCACCCUGCUGGGAUAUUACCGCUGCUUCACCCGUCAGCUGGUGCAGGCCAACGUCACACCUGUGGUCACCCUUUGGCACCACACACGGCAGCGCAGCAACAUGCCAACCCCGCUUGACACUGCCAACAAGUGGCUCAACAGUAAGACACCAGAGGCCUUUGCAGACUAUGCCAGGCUUUGCUACAGAGAAAUGGGGGCCUAUGUAAAGAUGUGGAUCACCUUGAAUGAACCCAAUGAUGAGAUGGUGAGCUAUCAGGAGGGCCACAAGAUGCUGAGGGCACAUGCUCUGGCCUGGCGCGCCUACGAUCAGGAGUUCAGACAUACGCAAAGAGGACAGGUAUCUCUGGCUCUGCACAUGGACUGGGUGGAACCGGCAUUUUCCUUCAGCCGAGAGGACGUGGAGCCGGCGAAAAGGGUUUUGGAUUUCAACGUUGGCUGGCUGGCCGAGCCGAUCUUUGGCAGCGGUGAUUAUCCUGUGGGAAUGAGGAACUGGCUGCGACAGCUCAACUCACUUGAAUUGCCUGUUUUUAACAAGGAGGACAUGCAGCUGGUCAGAGGGACUUAUGACUUUUUCGCUAUGAGUCACUUCAGUACCAAGCUUGUAACUCAUGCCAAGGAGGACUCAUACACCUACACAGAGAUGCUUGAGGUUCAGCACAUGAUAGACACAACAUGGAUCAUGUCUCCCAGGCCCGUCGUGCCCUGGGGGCUGAGGAAGGCUCUAAACUGGGUAAAGCAGCACUACAGUGAUGUACCCAUCUAUGUAAUGGCUAAUGGAGUCCAGGAAGACCCAGCCCGUUUCAAAGACUCCCUACGAGUUUAUUACCUCUACAACUACAUUAACGAGGCACUUAAAGCAUUUACUCUGGAUGGUGUCAACCUGAAGGGUUACUUUGCCUACGCCCUGAACGACCAAAGAGACCCGGGGUUUGGCUUUUAUGGUCAGGUCCACGACGAGGUCAUCGUCAAGGCCUCCCUUUCCAACUAUCGCAACAUCAUCCAGCACAACGGGUUCCCCAUUCCCGGAGCGUCUCCACAGCAGUGUCCCGCACUGCUAGAGCCCUGCCCCGACUGCCACAUCCUCAUCAGGAGGCCUGUCGUGGGCUUCUUGACUCUAGUGGGCUCAGGAAUUCUGAUUACUCUGGGUCUCAUCAUUUACUACACCGCCAAGAGACACAAGGAACAUUACUGAGGAUGGGAUGCAGACUGGGCUGCUGGUUCAACAGUUAUGUGACUGCCAGGUAUUUAUAGGCAUGGGCCCUUCUAUAAUCCACAUAGGCGAGAUGAUUUUUUUCAAAAUAAAAAAAAGGCUUAAUAUAUAUAAUUGUUUUUUUUUAUGAAACAAAAGAAAUUUCAUAAUAAAAGUUGUAUAAUAUUAUGUACUUAUUCAUGGCUGCUAGGAUUUUCUCAAACAGAAAACAUGUAGACUAAACAUACUACAAUUUAUUCAAAUGACUGAAGAGGUUUUUGGCAUUUGGCCCUCUGGGGUAACACAAAUCUAACAAGCUGAUGUUAAUUAAUAGAACAGAUUUUGUAGACUCAUCAUCACAGCAUGAUGCUGUGCUGCCACCAUGUUUUACUGUUGAGAGGGUGUGAUCAAAGGUCAAACACUUUGACCUUUGGUCUCCCCAGAUCCAAGGAACAUCCUUCGCAUGUGUGCUGUAUCCUCUGUAUGGCUUGCAACAAACUGCAAAUUGGACAAUUUAUGGCUUUUUUAAAAUCAAUAGUAAGUCUUUGCUCACAAACUGUAAUUUUAAAACAUUUUCCUCCUGACAUAUGGGUGAUUGUGCAGCACUCCUUCAGCAAUGGGACAUCUUGAAAUAGGUACUUGGUCCAUGCCUAUUUGUUAGACUUUUGGUGCUUACAUAUUUAUCUUAAAUUGUAAUUUAUUAGUUAUUUAAGCAGUGUCUCAAAGACCUAUAGACACUGUUGUAAGACAUGCUAUGAGUAAGCAUAAUUUGUGAAUAAAUUAAAUUUUAAUUCAUUAAACUAAAUGGGGCUGAACU